CCUACCCUCUCAUGUUUUGGUGAUCCCAUUGCCAUCACUCCUAACAUCGAUCAGAUCGCCACAAAUGGAUAUAUUUUCACCAAUACUUUCGCACAGCAAGCCCUGUGCGCCCCCAGUCGUACAUCACUGUUAACAUCGCGGAGACCCGACUCCAUACACCUUUAUGACAGCCACUCGUAUUGGCGCAAAAGUGUCGCCAAUUUUACAUCUUUACCGCAAUAUUUCAAACAAUUUAAUUAUUUCACACAAAGUGUAGGAAAAGUGUUUCACCCGGGCAUAGUAUCCAACCAUAGCGACGACUACCCUCUGAGUUGGUCUGCGCCUCCAUUUCACGGGUCAACUGAAAAAUACAAGUUUUCGGCCGUAUGUCCAUCACUUGAUGGUGUAUUUCGCACAAACAUUGUCUGUCCCGUGGAUGUGGCUAAACAACCAGAGAUGACUUUACCAGACAUUCAAUCGACACAAUUUACACUCAAUUUCCUACAUAAUUAUAACACAACAAAUGGAAACCCAUUUUUCUUAGCUCUUGGUUACCAUAAGCCUCACAUUCCCCUCAAAUGUCCCAAAGAGUUCUUGGACUUGUAUCCAUUGUCUGCAAUAAAUUUAGCCACAAAUCGAUAUAUACCUAAACAUAUGCCUGAAGUAGCCUGGAAUCCAUGGAUGGAUAUGAAGUCCAGGGAUGACAUCAAACAAUUUAAUAUAAGUUUCCCUUUUGGUGGUAUUCCCGAUUUUUAUCAAAGAUAUAUCAGGCAAUCAUAUUACGCUUGUGUUUCAUAUAUUGAUGACCAAAUCGGACAAGUAUUACAGAAAUUAAAUGAUAAACAGUUGGCUAACAAUACAAUCAUUAUGUUAUUAGGGGAUCACGGUUGGUCAUUGGGUGAACACAACGAGUGGUCAAAAUAUAGUAACUUUGAUGUCUCCGUCAGAGUACCACUUAUUAUAUCAAUGCCUCACAUGAAUGCUACCAUUAAUUAUCAAUACAUGAGUCCAUUAGAUCAGAAUCUACGGAAAAACAGCUAUAAAUUAAAUAAAAUAACCGAAAUCAGAGAAAUAGUAGAAUUGGUGGACAUAUUCCCGACUCUGUCUGAUUUGGCCGGCCUUCCGGUGGCACACAUUUGCCCAGAAAAUGUCACACAAAUUGUUUGCAGUGAAGGCGUUUCGGUUAAACCACUUUUAAAUCCUAUAAAAACCAUCAAAAAGUGGAAACGCUUUGCAUUCACACAAUACCCGCGACCCAAUGCUACCCCACAACCUAAUAGCGAUCAGCCGGUGCUCAAGGAUAUCAAGAUUAUGGGCUACUCUAUGAAGAAUGGGUACAUGAGUUACACCGAAUGGGUUGGUUUCGACCCCAACACGUUUGCUGGCAAUUGGUCUCAAGUGGUGGGCCGGGAGUUAUACCUGGGAUCCAAACAGAAUAAUAACGUGGCUUACGAUCAGAGAUUCAAACAAAUGGUUCGCUACUUAGCACUCAAACUGAGGAAAGGAUGGCGAAAGGUCCAGAAGGGUUCGCUCGUAUUUGGUCUGAAAGGCGACGGCGUCCUGUCUUCGCAUGAAAGUCACGGUUCCACUCCUUUGGCCGCCAAUCGUCACAAUCUUACACGACUCGAUAGCACCGAUCGGUUUGCACAGCCGUCUAAUGGCCAUCUCAUUGGUAGAGGCGGCCAACCCUUUGAUAAGCACCGACCGCUUCUGAUUCGGGUUCACUACCACUCGAUUGAGCACUGGUUUGCUAUUAGUAUUCGUCGUCGGAAUCAUGACACGUCUAACCGCAGUAUUCGGCUGAACUACCGGCGCUUUCAUGGGCGGCAACUGUGGCACCGGUGGGCCGCCUCCCGACGCCCUCAAACGCUGAGCGGCCGUCGCUUUCCUUCGCUCCUCUUUCUUACGCAGAAUCUCUUCGCGAAGACGUUUCUGUUCCUCCAUUUUCUUCUUGUACUCCUCGUCCACACCGACCGCCGCCUCAAUCUCUUUGUUAGCCCUCUGCUGCUGAUUCUCGACUACCGGUGCGGCGCCGGUGUUCCUCACGAUCGGCACCUCUUUGAUGUUCUGUUGCUUUUUAGUCAACAACUGUUUGGCCCGUUUUGUCCGCAAUUGGGCCGCUUUCAAGCUAUCGGUGCCUCUCGGGUGCUGUUGUUCGCCACCAAACCCUCUGUUAGGCCUCUCUUGCGA